UUUCUCUUUUUUAUCUUCUCUUGUCAGUCCUGCAGCAGUUCUAGAGGCCAAGGACUUCAGGCAGCCUUCUGCACGGCUCUCUGUGACCCAAGCUCAGGGACCUGCCCCAGACUGGCUCACUCUAGGCCGGGUGUGAGGAGGUGGACGGGAGCAGCCAGGGCAGGACCCUGACGUGGCAGACAGGGCAGAGGGACUGAGAGCCUGGCCUCCACCCACACCAGGGGCCCUGUGCACCGAGUGAGCCCUGCCCUCCUCCACCCACAGGCAGGAAACCCAGGCCCCCUGCUCUGCCUAGACAGCAGGGGGCGCCGCCGUCGUAGCCGCCCCCUUUAGUAUCUGGUCAGGCCAGGGUGAGGACCAAAGGAGGGGAGAGGGUGGAGCUAGUCCUGCCCCUCUUCUCCGGCUGCCUCUGCUGGCCUCUUCCCAGGAGCCUGGGUCCAGAAAGCAGGAAGUGCUGACUCUGAGACGGAAACAUGGGCCCUGCAGGCUGGGUCUUCCUAGUGCAGCUUCUGCUGGGGGUCUCAGGCACAGAAGAGGAGGAACCAAAGAAUCUCGUGAAGUCAAUCUGUGGGCGUCCCGCCGUCUUAUCUGGCAUCGCCUCAGGCAUGGAGGCCAACGUGGGGCAGUGGCCCUGGCAAGUCAGCAUCCGCCAGGACCUGUUACACGUCUGUGCGGCCACCCUCAUCUCAGAGCGCUGGGUGCUGACGACGGCAAGCUGCUUCCGGUCUAAGGAUGCCAGCAAAUACAAUGUAUUGGUUGGGUCACUUCAGGUCUCUGGGCACCAACACUCUAAAACGAAGACCAUCCCUGUGCUCAGGGUUAUUCCGCACCCUGGCUUGCAGGGUAACACCUGGGGCACCAUUGCCAUGGCAGAACUGGCCCGCCCAAUUUCUUUCAGCCCCGUGGUCCUGCCCAUCUGCCUCCCGACAUCUGCGAUCCAGCUGAAGAACUCAACCUCCUGCUGGACGACUGGAUGGGGCAAUUCUGGGAUGUCCCAACCUAUGAAACCAUCUUAUACCCUGAAGGAACUAAAAGUGCCCCUCAUUGAUCUCCAGACCUGCAAUAACUACUAUCAGAAAGAAAGCCUGUUGCAUGGAGUCAAGCCCAUCAGUGAAGACAUGAUCUGCUCCAGGCUCCCAGUGGGGCCAACAGAUCAGUGUAGGGGCAGCAGAGGAGAUCCCCUGACGUGCAAAGUGGAGGAUUUCUGGGUCCUGGCAGGAGUGAUGAGCGGGGAAUCAAACUGCAGCAGAACCAAUGAGCCUCAAGUAUAUACGAACAUCAGUUUCUAUAAGUCUUGGAUUGAGAAGUCAGCCACCUCGCAUGCUGACCUUUCUGCUACCCCCAGUCCAGAUUUCUCUGGGCUCUUCCCUCUUAGGCUUCUGCCUCUCAUUUUCCUCAGGCUACCUUAACCGGCUGGGGUCAGUAUGGCCAGGGUAAAUUGGCAAUUAAGAAUGAGGGACAAAGGGGGAUAUUCUAUAUGUUGAGGAUUCUGAAGAGAUACUUUGAAGAUUCAGUGAGACAUGCAGUUCUGCUACAUCUAGGCCUAGCCCCCAGGAAAUGAAUCUGCUUGUUGCCUUUUCUCUUGCAGGUCAACUUGUAAAGAGGAUCCCUGACGUGAAUAAAGUUUGGUUGAUUCUAA